AAACAAAGAUGCAAACAAAUUUAUUUAGUAAAUUGAAAAAAUCAACAAAUGAUAAUUUAUUAAUAAAUCCAUCAACAUUUAAUCAAACAAAUCAAUUAUCAAAAUCAUUAAAAACAUAUAGCCGUUCGAAUAUUGUUUGGUUAAAUAUACCGGCUGAACAUAAUAAAGAACAAACACCAGCAACGAUAGAGGAGAAUAAUAAACUAACAACAACAAUUGAAAUUGUUGAAGAUAAUAAUAAUAAUAUGGAUAAUGAUAUUGGAUCGACAAAAAUGUGGUAUCCCCGAACGAUAACAAAAACCAACCAAGACAAACUUCCAACAUCAUUAUCAUCAACAGCUAAAUUCAAUCAAAUACAAACAACAAAUAAAAUUAGUGGUGAAAUAAUAAUGAAUAAAAAUAAAAUAUCCGAUACGGUUAAAAUAAUGAUGAAUAAUAAUAGUAAAGGUAUAAUAUCAAUAAAUUCAAAUAAUAAGACGUUGGAAAUAUUGAAAAAAAGUGGAUCAAUUGAAUUGGCAAAAAAUUUGGAUAAUAAAGAUAAUAAUAAAAAAGAAUCUGCUGUACGUACACAAACUAGAUCUUUAAAAUCGCAGCUUGUUAAUCAAAAAGAAAAACAGCCAGAACAAUCAUCAUCAUCAACGUCAUCGAUACCGUUACAACAACCAAAAAAACGUGUAUCAUUUCGUAAUAUACCAUCAUCACCGGUUAAUAAUCUUCCGAAAGAUGUUGAUAUACCAAUGGUAUCGGAUGAUAAUACUCAAAAAUCAAUUUCUGAUACAAAAUCUAAUACAAAACCGAUUGCUGCCACUAUUUGUACUCCAAUCACCAAUGAAGAUUCGAAUGUUGUUGACGUUGUUGAUUUUAAACGAAAAGAUCGUCGUUCAACAAAUGAUUGUUGUGAUUAUCGAAUUGGUAAAAAACAACAAUUAAAAAUAUCUAUUCGAAUACAACCGGAAUGUCGUGAUGAACCAUUAUCAUCAGCAAUGAUAUGCGAUAUUUGUGAUUAUCGUACACAAAUUGUUGAUGCAUUUCAUUCACAUAAAAAUUGGUGUUGUAAACGUUUUCGUUCGAAUCAAAAACAUCAUAUUACUAAUAAUAAUAAUCAAUCACCAACGAAAACUAUUGUUCGAAACAAUUCUUCACCAUCAUCAUUGACAAAAAAUAAUAAUGAAUCAGUUAAUCGACAAUCAUCAAACCAAAAUACUGGUAGCAGAUUAUUACGAAAACGUAAAGCAGCCGAAAUCGAUGAUAAUAAUAAAGAUGAAUUAGAAGGGAAAAAAGUUAAUCUAAAUGGUGGUGGCGAUGGGGUUAUUCAUAAUGAAAAUAAUAAUUCCAUUGAUGACAAUGGUUCGAUUAAUCAUGAUCAAUCUGUAAACAAUGAUGAAAUGGACAAAAAAGAAGAAAAUAAUGAAGAAAACAUUGAAGAAGAAGAAGAUGAUGAGGAAGAAGAUGAUGAAGAAUCAAAAAAACUUGAUGGAUUUUCAAUCAAAGAUAUUGUUUGGGUUGAAGUGAAAAAAAGAUCCGGUUUAUGGCCAGCAUUAAUAAUCGAUAUAUCGAUUAAUGAACGAAAAUUAAUAUUAAAAGCAAUUGAUUAUAAUGGAAAAAAUACUAGUUUUAAAGCAACAACCAAAUCGGUUGUAUCGCAUGAUCGUUCUGUAGUGAAUAAAUUUCUAAAAAAUCAUCCAAAUGAAUCACGUACCGUACAAAAAGUUGAACAUUAUCUUCGGAAACGUGCAUUAGAAGAUGAAAUAAAUCCAAUGGAAUUUUUUUUCGAAUCAAAUUCAAUGAAACAAAAUUCAAUGAAUAAAUCGAAUGAAAUUUCAACGACAAAUAGUGGUAGUGGUGGUGGUGGUAGUAUAAAUAAAAAUUCAUCAAUGUCAAUCGAUGGUACUAUUAUCUAUCAAUUUAUUAAAGAAGGUUCAGUUGAUUCAUAUUUACGAUCAAUUCAUCAAGGCCGAAUACAGAAUAGUCGUCAUAAAAAAUUUUUAGAAAAACAACAACCGGAACAACAGAAUGAAAACAAUAUUGGCAGUGAAGAAGAACAAUUACAUUUUGGUCCGAUAAAAGAUGAAGAACAACGUGAUGAAUUAUUUAGUCAUCUAUCAAAAUUAUAUGAAGAUUGUUUAAAGAAAAAUAAACAGGAAAAAUCUGAUGAAAUGAUUGGACGAUAUAUUUAUUCGGUUUGGAUACCUGAGGCUAUAAUCAAAGCAAUUAGUAAAAAAUAUCAAAUAGAUUUGAAAAAAGCUGGACAAUUAUUUGAUGAUGAAUGUCAAACAUUGAAACAAAAUUGUAAUAGUUUAAAUGAUUAGUAGUGUUUAAUAUAUUGGAUUCGUUUUAUUUUUUCUUACCAUUCUUUUCAUCAUUAUCAUCGACAUCGACAUCAUUCAAAAUUUAGCAUUACUUAUAUGAAUUCUUAUCUGUUCUUUCGACAUUUCAUUUCGUGCAUCAAUCAUGAUCAUCAUUUUUCAAUCUUUAAUUUAUUGCCAUUUUGUAUGGAUUAUCAUCUUCCUGAAAACAAAAAACAAAACAAAAUUUUAAUCAUGAUACACACACUUACUUUCCCUCCCCCGUAUUAUUAUUUCAAUCAAAUUUUAUUAAUAUAUUCAUCAAUUUUUUUCUGAUUGUUUGUAUUUGCAUUUUUUUUCUUGACAAUUCAAAAAAAUUUAUCCACUUAUCUUUUUCACAACACUUGUAUUUGAA